ACCGGGGGUGCAAAAACAACAGGAAACCGGCCCAUUCUAAUGCUGUUUCUGAAAAUCAGUCCACUUAAUUCAGCUAAGAAUUUUUUUUUUUCCCAGCAGAGGAACAAAACCAUCAUAUAUUUUAUCAGCUCAUCUCCUGAGGAUCUUGAAAUGUAAAAAAGGAGCUGAAGUUUGAAAAGUGACGUCAGGGCUGCUCUCAGCCACCAACCGUGUGGUCUGUCAGGGUGCGAGCGGAUGCAGGCAUUUGGGAGCUUUGUGCUGGGAUUUUUGAGCGGCUGCCUUUUGACUUGCCAUCUCAGCUGCUUUUCUAAAGGUCAUAUGGAUCAAACUUGGUGCUUUCAGGGAACUUUUUAUUUUAAUCGUCUGGACUACUAACUGGAGCCCACAUGAAGAAUAAAGGAAACAAGCAGAAGACCAAAAAGAAAGGAAGUGAGAAUGUCUUCGGCUGUGACCUGACAGAACAUCUCCAGGGUUCAGGACAAGAUGUUCCACAGGUCCUCCAGAAGUGUGCAGAGUUUAUUGAGAAGCAUGGGAUUGUGGAUGGGAUCUACAGGCUUUCAGGGGUCACCUCAAACAUCCAGCGUCUCAGGCAGGAAUUCUGCUCCGAGGCGUGCCCUGACCUUACCAAGGAAGUAUACCUCCAGGACAUCCACUGUGUGGGUUCCUUAUGUAAGCUCUACUUCAGGGAGCUGCCCAAUCCCCUGCUGACAUACGAGCUCUACAGCAAAUUCACUGAGGCUGUCUCAUUGCACAGAGAUCAAGACAGAAUUUUACACAUUCAGACAGUUAUCCAAGAACUUCCCACUGCUCACUUCAGGACUCUGGAGUACCUUUCCAAGCACUUGGCCCGCCUUGCUGCGUUCAGUGCCCAGACAAAUAUGCACACACGUAAUCUGGCUUUGGUAUGGGCUCCAAAUCUGUUAAGAUCUAAGGACAUUGAGACUUCAUCUGGUAAUGGAGACAUGGCCUUCCAGGAGGUGCGGAUACAGCAGUCAGUGAUAGAGUUUAUUUUAAACCACACAGAGCAAAUCUUCAGCGGGGAUUCUGAAGAAGUAAAACCCAAAGAAGGACCAGGGUUGAUGUGUGCGGAGAAAUAUGCUACACUCCCAAUCAGUGGUGGGAGUGGGCCCAUGAAACUGAUGAGCUUGGAAGAAGCCCAGGCCCGCUCCCUAAGUCCAAACCAUCCGGUGCACAAAGAACGUCAGCGAGAGAACAGCCUACCUGAUACCAGCACUGCAUCGCUUUAUCACACUGUGAUAGAAAUAUCAGAUAGCAAGAGGAGAAAAUCAAGGAAAUGGAAGUCCAUCUUUAACCUUGGAAGAUCUGUAGACUCAAAGGGAAAACUCAGUCGCAAUGGCAGCGUGUUCAUCAGAGCCCAGGGGACGUCAGACAAGGCAGCUCUGCGUCCUUCCAGAAGCAUGGAGUCCUUGUGCUCCUCAUCAGCAGAUGAUGAUGGAGCAAGAAGCAAUACCUCAACUGAUGGAAGCAAUAGUAUUUUUAUUCCUGAUGUGAAAUCCAGAACACUAGGAUCUGACUCGCUCCAUGAACUGACUGAACCAGAACAAAAAUGGGAUAUUAAAGCAAAGAAAGGUGGUGCCAUGGCCAGCUGGAGCUCUGGCCUUAACCAAAGAGACUCACCAGGCGCUUCCUCAUCUUCUCAGAAAACAAUGCCAGAACAACUCAAGGUGUUCAAAGGGGAUGAGCACAGCUACAAGCCGAGUUCUCCAAAAAACAGAAGGAUGCUUUAUUCAGGCUCCUCCCGACCAUCAUUUCCAGGCAGCUUCUUUCCACUUGAGUCUUCUCCGAGGCACCAGCGCAGAGCCGUCAACAUAUCUGAGCCUUUUGCUGUAUCUGUGCCCUUACGAGUUUCUGCCGUCAUCAGCUCUAACAGCACGCCGUGCAGGGGACUCAACAAAGAGAAAGCAGCCACUUUGAAACCUAGCAGAGAGCCUUCAGUGCAGAGCAGCCACUUCAAAAAGAGCAACACUUUCCCUCUGCUGGAAGCGAAAAAGCAGGAAGGAAGAGAGAAGAAGUCCACAGAGGCCCUGACCUCCAAAAUGUCACCAGAAGAGUCAUUUAAGGAAGGAUUGCAAAAAACUGAAGCAGAAAGGAUCACUUCUAAACUGGAAGCAGCUCCCAAUGCACAAAAAAGUGAAGACAAGCAUAUGUUGCCAUCUUCUGGGGAAGACUUGCACAAUCUCAUUAAACAUACACAACUGGAUGAUGGACCAUCUCCUGGGAAACUUGACCUCCAUCAAAAGCUGACAAUUGAUGAGCCUGAAAUCAACCUGCUGCGCAAGACUUUUAAACCUGUUUUUUCUUCAACAAACACCAAGUUAACAAUGGAUGUUAAAUCAAAGCGAAGCCGCAGCUCUCCAUCUUUAUCUUUGCUGUGUAAGGAGCCAUCGAAUGCAUCUUUGGGUGCAAACAGAUCUGACUCCAAAAGGAAGCAGCCUUCAGAAUCAGACCUCUUGUUUUGUGUUCACAAAAACUUUGACAUCCAACUUUCCGGUGCAUUGGAUGCAAGCGAGAAGCUGCAGCCUUUACAGAAACAUACAGCUUACAGCAAGGAAUGCCAAGUUCCUAGGAGGGAAUCCAGAUCAGAUUGUGUAAGAAAUCCUUUAACACUAGAGGAUGCCCCACAGGUUACCAGCUUCUCAGACAGUACUAACAGAAAACCUGAGAACGAAGAGGACACCAAAAUAUCACAGGAUGAAGUAAAGAAAUCUAUCAUUUCUGAGAUGGAGGCCUGUCAGAGACUCUCGGUGUGUUUAGAGGAGAGACGAAACACACCAGAGCUGGCCAACCUUGACGAUGAAGACGGAUGUGGGAGAAACCUGGAGGAGCUGGACUUGGUGGAGUCCUGGGAGGAUCUUAGCUCCACCAAUCAAUGGGUUACCAGUCCUCUCCACUCGACCGACGUGGAGGAGCUUUUUAACCAACUUUCCCCCUUCAGUUCAAAGGGAGAAACUCUGAGUUCAGAGGCUUUAACCUCGGGAAAACUUCCUGAGAAUUUCAGCAGUAACCCAGAAAUCAAAUGGACCAAUCUGCCAUCAGUGCCUAAACGAACAAGCUUGAACAACAGCAACUCCACCCAACCUCAAACUGCAAAGAGCAGCACAACAAAACCAAAGAAUACAGCAUCAUCUCAUAGGUUUGGCAGGCAAAUAUCGUUUGAAACUACAGUGUCUGAGAAAAGAGAAGACCAUGGCUCUUUCAGGCACAGACCCUACUCCCUAAACUUAGACCUUGGUCAUCGCUGCAUAAGAGACAUUUCAAACCAGCAAAAUCGGAACUCGUCUGAUUUUUCUUCUAUUUCGAAGAGCUUAUUGGCCUCAUCUGGAACUGUGACUAAAGGACACUCGGAGUUGGACCUGUUUCUAAAUGAUCGACAGGCACCAUUACGUCGAAACUCUGCCCCAGUCAGCGUGUCAUCAGUGCGCACACCCUAUAUGAUAAAAACAUGCCAGGUCAAAGCCGUACCUGUCGUCCCUCCACAACUUCAGUACAGCCAGAUACCUCCAACAAGGCUAGAGAGCGAUUCUACUACUGUGAAGGAGCAAGAAAACGGAUUUUCAAAAACAAGUGGAGACACUUGCACUGCUAUGAUGCCUCUGGUGAUGUCAGACCUAAAGGAGGAGCUGGAGAACAAAGAGCCAACUCCAAAACACCAAAAACAUCUAAAUGUUCAAAAAUCAGCUGAGGCUGCAAAGACCCCAACUACAGAACUGCCAGUCAUAACCAGGCGACAUGCUCCUAGUCUGGAGGUUUUUGUAGAUGGCCCCAGACCCAACCGAGGGGCACUGUUACAAAGACCGUCCUUUAGAAACCGUCAGAGACCUCAGAGCCUCAUCCUUCUCAGCCCACCUUUCCCAUUCAUGGACUAUCCGACAUCAGGGGAUGAUGGCAAGCUGCUAUCAUCCAUCAAGAAUCUGAACGACACGUCCACGUUAAAUGUCUUUACUAAAGAGAUGACAGAGAGCUUCAGGACGCAAGAGGGACAGAAUAAAAUGACCAUUCCAAAAAGCGGACAGAGACUGGAAACAUCAACCAGCUGCUUCUACCAGCCUCAGAGAAGGUCCAUGAUAUUUGACAGCAGGAGUCACAGACAGAUUGAGUGACUGCAUGCAGAUGGAUAAGGCACAUAAAAACUCUCUUGAUAGAAGAGAAAAGGUUUGCGAGGAUAAUAUUUGGGAUCAACUGUUCCGUUAGUAAUGGAUUCCUUGCAACAAGAGGCUAAGUCAUUGAAAAAAAUCAUAGCGGAAGCCAUAGGAUCAAUAUUUUUAUUCAUUCUCUGUUAGUCCUUGUUAUUUUUUUUGGUGUAAUCAUUUUUUAUUAAAUAAUAAUUAUAUUUUCUAGUGUGGUAGCAGCAGGAAAUAUGGGCAAAAAAAAAAAAAAAUAGAUUUGCUGUGGUUAGAAGGCAGGCUUAGCGCAACCGGAAAACUGCAGCUCUAGUGAGGUGUUCUGAAUCUUGGUCAGAAUCUAUCAUAAUAAAGGAAAGGGGCCAGGGAGGCCACAGAGGCGAACUGGCAAAAGGGCCCAUGGCACUGAUGCAUGUAGGGAGCAAAGGGUGUCCCAGGAUAACUUACAGGCUGCUGUAAAUUAAACUGCUGAAGAUGUUCAUGCUGGUUCAUCAGAGUAGGUUGAAUAGAGAGAUGUAGCUGCAGACUAGUCAAGGUUCCCAUGUGGUUCAUAAAGUUAUGCCUACUCUGUUAGGCUUAAACAUGCAUAGGGUAUAGACGCAACUCAUCUAGUUAACAACAAAGAAAUCUGUUAUUAUUACUGCUGAUACAACUUAGUGGCAAAAGAGAUCAGUUUUCAGUCCUUCAGUAUCAAAAACUGUAGAGUACAACUCAGGUCGUGUCCUAAGUUUUGCACAUAAUAAAGUCAAUUAAUUCAGAAUCAAAAAGCGACUUAUUUGACUGACUGACAACAUUGCUCUUUUUUUACUUUUCUUUUUUUUUUUUUUUAGCUCAUUUGCAUAAAGUGAUUAAGCUCAGAAACUUUCUUUCCAACAAUAAUUUGCAAAAUCAAAGAGCAAUGCUGACCUUUACAGUACUUGGGGUGGGCUUUGCUUUGCUUGGACCAUGAUGAGUUUUGCAAACCUGAGCAGUAACACUAGAUGGAGCCAACUGAAGCAGUUUCAAGCAUCAUGUUUUGCACCUACUAAAUACUGACACUAUCAACUAAUAAAAUACUAAUUUCUCAUUCAGGUUAGCAGUUUUUCUUUGACACAGAGUUUGCAGGCCCAUAGAAAGUUUUUUUUAAGCAAAAUGAAUUACAACGGUAAAAAAAGAUGAAAAGAAAAGAUGAGUUACUCUGCAUAACAUAAAACUCCUCCUGUGGCGGACACAUUUCUGACACUGAUACAAUAAUCUGCAUUACUUUUAUUCUGUAGCUGCUAUAUAAUUCAGCAGUAGUAUUUAAUGAUCAUAAAAGGGAUCAGAGAAG